UAAAAUAUUAGACUGAUAGACUCGUCUUGUCAGAAUGCUCUAUAAUAUAUUAGUCAUUUUGUAUACUGUUUUUAUAAGACCUUAAAAGUUAAAACUGUUUAGUGUAUGAAUAAAGUAAUUUAACGUACAUAAUAUUACAGUAAAUGAUAGGAAACUAACUCUUAAUCGACGAAUUACAAUAAAUACGAAAUGGAGCUACAAGACACGUAUUAUAAUAAAUCAGAAUACGUUGAAACUGCUUCAGGAAACAAAGUAAGCAGGCAAACAGUUCUGUGUGGAUCUCAAAACAUAGUAUUACAUGGCAAAGUGAUAGUUCAAAGUGAUGCAAUAAUCAGAGGAGACCUAGCUAAUGUUAAGACUGGUAGAUUCUGCAUUAUCAGCAAGGGAUCAGUUAUACGACCACCUUUCAAAAAGUUUAGUAAAGGAGUUGCCUUCUUCCCUCUACAAAUGGGUGAUCAUGUCUUUGUAGGUGAGAACACAGUUGUUAAUGCAGCAGUCGUAGGCUCCUAUGUUUAUAUUGGAAAAAAUGUUGUCAUAGGUAGAAGAUGUGUACUAAAAGACUGUUGCAUGAUUGAAGAUAAUUCAGUGUUACCAGCUGAAACAGUAGUGCCUUCAUUCGCUAGAUACUCAGGAAACCCGGCAAGACUCAUUACAACGUUACCUGAAGCAAUGCCUGAUUUAAUGACAGAGUUUACUAAAAGCUAUUAUCAACAUUUUUUACCUACCACUGCUAAUUAAUUUGAUGCAAAAAUUGCUGUAAUUAUCUCUGCUUAAAAAAGUCAUAUAGGAUAAAACAAGUGGUAA